AUGGGCGACCUUGUUGAUCUCAGGCCUCUAUUUGACCAGUUUAGCUACGGGCCAUUUUGGACCGUCCUUGCCUUCGGGCCUGCCCUUUUUCCGUGUUGGGUUAAAACGAAAAUUAAGAACAUUCUCUCUCUCCUCCACAAUACAAGCCAAAUCUGCUUCUUCGCCUCUCCCCACACCCUUCAAGCGCCCGCUUCAUCGCCGUCAAGCGUUUCUGCUCUCCCAACACCUUAUAACGUCGAGGGGUUGACUUCACCUUCACGAGAAGAAUUCAUAUGCAUGCACAAUUUUUGGAAUUGGAACCGAAUAGACUGGAACGGGGCCAAAAAUGGCCGCAGGCUGACGAGCCCUGAACACAACCUUCGUGUUCAACCUUUGGGCUACCAGAACUUUAUUAAACUUGCCGGUCCGUUUGGCGCUGCAUGGUCUGUUUCAUACUUUCACUAUGUUUUCCUCUUAGUAGCUAGCGUAAGAAAGCUCACCUUAGAAUUCUGGGUGGGCAGUUUCUCAGCCGUUUAUGAAGCUCAAUCCAGAGGGGCUAUAGCUCAUGUUCAAGCAGAGGUUGUUUGCUUCAAGCAUCAGUUGGUGAUUCAAUUUUUUUUUCUAGCAAUGGCUGCCAAGAUUCUUGCUAAUUUGAUCAUUAUGGGGUCUGGCAUAAUGGCUAGAGCACUUGUUCAAGCAUAUCGUCAGGCACUUGCGAAUGCCUCUAAAAACGGGGUUGCUCAGGAGGCAGCACACCACAUAAAGAGAGGCAGUAAAAUGAUGACCGAGGCAGAAGCUAGGCAAAUUCUUGGGGUCUCUGAGAAUUCAACUUGGGAAGAGAUUGUGCAGAGGACGCACGCGCCGAGCGCCUUCACACCGCGGGAGCGCGUCGAGCUCCUUCACACCGCGGGCGCACCAAGUAUGAUAAUUUGUUUGAACGGAAUGCGAAAAAUGGGAGUUUUUAUCUCCAAUCAAAGGUUCAUAGAGCCAAAGAGUGUCUGGAAACCCUUCACCAACCGAAAGAGCACGACACGAGUUGAAAGAAUGGUUUUUGUGGUUUAUUCAUUGAGUAGGACGUGUCUUGCAUAAUUAAUGGUGGUGUUGGGGUUUAUCUUUUCAUGUUUGUGCAAUGNGGGGUUU